AGAAAUACCUCCCACCAGAAUGAACCAAUCACAUCACAUCUGACAUUUACUUUGAAGACCCCUAUUCACUUUCAAUUUCUCAUAGAGAUGGAGCGAAAUACCAUCAUCACACUUGUGUUUGUUUGGUUCUUUGCACAUCAGAGAAUCUCUGGGACAGUAGUGAAGAUGAACGUUAAACCAGGAGACAAUGUCACUCUUUUCUGUGAUUGUGUCAUACCACUUAGUUACUUCAUUGUUUGGUUUAGAAACUGCUCGCAUGAAAAUCAGCCAUCGCUUUUGAUAAAUGCCGAACACUUUUUCAAAGGGACCUUUCCACGUUUUAACUUUGUGCACAACAGCUCCAGUAACACCUUUGAUCUACAUAUUAAAAACAUCAGCGUAUAUGAUGAAGGAAUCUAUUACUGUGCAAAAGCAGAAAAGAAAAUAAGUGGCACCCUAAGCUCAAGACUUGAGUACCAGUAUGGAAACAGGAGCACUCAUCUGACUGUCUUGGUGUCUGGGCGUAGUAAGAUGUCCAGCACAACCGUCUCUCCUCCUCCUGUAUCAGACUGUUUCCUCUGCUGGACGCUGCUGGUCAGUGUUUGUGGUGUGUGUUUUCUCCUCUGCUUCAUCUGUGUGUACUGCCUCUGUCAGAAGAAAACUACAGAUGCUGGAACGGAUCACAAAGAAAAGAUAAACAGGCCUAGUAGAAAUAGCUUUGCGGGUGAUGAUGAAGAAGUGUCUUAUGCUUCCUUGGAUGUGAAAACAAGAAGACAGAAACAACUCAAGAAGAAACAACAGCAGACUUCUGACUUCAGUUUUUAUGCUCCAGUCAGAACAGACGCAGCUAGAACUUCUGAUGAACUUUCUGAUGGUUAG